AGAUGAAACUACGACCAUAUUUUGUAACUUAAUCUGAAAGAUCAACACUUUAUCAAGUUUUCUUGUAUUGAGCAGAUCAUGGAUACCUCAGUUCUUGGCCACAGAACAUCAUCACAUGAUGAAAACCAGUCUAAAUACGACCGAGCCAAAGAGCUAAAAGCUUUUGAUGACACAAAGGCUGGUGUAAAAGGCCUAGUUGAUGCCGGCACACUUCAUGUACCCAAGAUAUUCAUAGGGCCAUCCAAUGAGCUCACUCACUUCCCCACAUGUCACCAACCCAACCUGCAAGUUCCUGUCAUUGAUCUCCAAGGUAUCAACGGUGAUCUCCACAAGCAGAUUGUAGAUGAAGUUAGGGCCGCGUCCAAAACAUGGGGCUUUUUCCAAGUGGUCAACCAUGAAGUCCCAUUGACUGUGUUGGAAAAUAUGAUCCAAGGAGUGCGCAAGUUUCAUGAGCAAGAUCUUGAUGUGAAGAAAGAGUUCUAUUCCCGUGAUCGAGAAAGAACUGUCAGAUUCAAUACCAAUUUUGAUCUGUACCAAUCAAGAGCAGCUAAUUGGAGGGACACUCUGGCUUUUGCAAAGGCUGUUGUUGAUCAGGACCCCAAACAACUCCCUUCAGUUUGUAGAGAUGCAGUAAUUGAAUACACAAAGCAUGUCAAAAGUUUGGGAGACCAACUCUUUGGAUUGUUAUCAGAAGCUCUUGGUCUCAAGCCUGACCACCUAAGGGAAUUAGAAUGUUCUAAAGAUUAUUCCUUUGUGUGCCACUACUAUCCAGCGUGCCCAGAACCAGAACUUACACUGGGAAGUAGCAAGCACUCAGAUCCUUCUUUCCUCACAAUUCUUCUUCAAGACCAAAUUGGUGGCCUCCAAGUUCUUCAUGACAAUCAGUGGGUUAAUGUUCACCCUAUUUCAGGUGGCUUAGUAGUAAAUAUUGCUGACUUUCUUCAGGCUAUAUCUAAUGACAAGCUUCAGAGUGUUCAACAUAGAGUGCUUGCAAACCGGGCCGGUCCAAGAGUUUCCAUAGCUUGCUUUUUCUCAGGACAGAGAACUGGAGCACUUGCCAAGUCCUAUGGUCCAAUCAAAGAGCUUAUAUCAGAACAGAACCCUCCUCUGUAUAGACAUUUCUUGAUAAGUGAAUAUCAUGGCAAGUUCUUUUCCCAGGGGCUUGGUGAGAAGUCUGGUCUUGACCAUUUCAGGCUUUGAAGCAAACAAUUUCCACUGAUGGACACUUUCAAGAUGUAAUAGUUAUGGCUGAAUUAUGUUGUCUGAUUACCACAUUGUGAAGUUUCAUGUACAACAAACAGUGAUUGCUUUGUUAAAAUAAUUUCUGCC